UUCUUAUUCGUACUAAUUACAAAUACAUAAGUACAUACGUUAAUAAACAAUUAGUUUACCCAAUAAACAAUACCUUUUUGUAAAGAGAAUAAAAUAUUAAAUUGUUAUUGAGCAUAACAAAAGCUUUUAAAGUUCGUCACGUACGGUAUUUUUUUUUUUAAGAUGGGUAAAAGUAGCUAUGAGAAAACAAAGAAAUGGAGAGAGGAGUUGAAAAAGGACGAAGAAAAAAUGAAGAAGUACCGGGAAAAGGAGGCUGCAAGACAGCGUAUCUAUCGACAAAAGAUGGCAAUUGCAGCCAAAAAAGACAAUAAGCUUCUUCAAGAAAAAAGAAGAAAAAAUCGCAUUCGACAGCAAAGGCGGAGAGGGAAAAUAAAUAACAAUGUAUAUAUCAUUAUCCCUAAAUCUUCUUAUAAAUGUAAACAAACUUUGGUGAAAGCUGUAAGAAAGGUAGAGAUGUCGUUGCCAAAGGACAAGAGUAAAAUAGUUGAAGUAAUUGAAGGUUUAUAUAAAAAAUAUGUGGAGCGCACAGUACGUGAACAGAAAAACACCUUGGAUUAAUUGAAAGUAUUUAGAACUAAAAAUUAUACUUCCGAGAUAGAAUAAAACUACAAGCUCUUGGACAAAAAGAUUAUACCUAUGAUGUGAAAAUAAUUUGGUUACUCUACAUUUUCGUAGAGAAAAAUCUGUCACAUACGAUAUGUUACGACAGAUAUUAAAUUUUAUUCAUUAUAAAAUAAUCCAAAAAAUAUUUUUUAAUUAAAAACAACGAUUUAUUAACCAAAACUUUUGAAAUUACAAACAAAGUAACUUUAGCAUUUUUUACAU